AUGGCAAAAGCCGUCGGACUGACGGCGGUCGCCGCGGGCUGGGGACAUUCGGUGCAGCCGAUCCAGGACUACAUGCGGCGGGAGUGCACGCAAUACUUCGAUACCGUUGAGGACUUUGCGAACUUCCUCCUGAGUCCGCCUUCAGCUCUUUGA